CGCUCGGGCGCUAUGUGUGUAAUGUAGUUCAUGUCUUCAAGCGUUUGGUCGCAGUUGUAGCUAUGGCGUGUUUAAGUUCGAGUAGGCUUUGUGCUCGUGUUCAGGAUCAGUUAAUGUGUCAAUUCGGACCUAAAGUUCGAAGACAGACUGUAUUUGUGAAACUCAAACCACCCGGACCAUCUCCGUUGAGGAUAUUUGGAAAGACCUGUCAGAGAGUCACAACAUGCGGUCCAGCCUGCGGGUCGGCGGGCUCGGGCGCCGUGGCCGGUGCGGCGCGGCGGCUCGCCUCCAGUCUACAGAGCACGAGCACGGGUUCACUUCCCGACUACGGCAAGCAGAUCGUCGACCCUUAUCGGCUAUUAGAAGACGACCUUAACGGCAUAUAUGAGGACAUACGAUCAGAAUUGGAACGCAACACAAAUCAGCCAGAACUAAACACCAUAGCUACAUACUACUUCGACGGACAAGGAAAAGCGCUCAGGCCCAUGGUGGCAAUACUAAUGGCGAGAGCAGUCAACUACCACGUAUACGGAGAAAACAGUGCGCUGCUGCCAUCACAAAAGCAAGUGGCCAUGAUCAGCGAGAUGAUCCACUCGGCGUCGCUGAUCCACGAUGACGUCAUCGACCAGAGCGACUUCCGCCGCGGGAAGCCCUCCGUCAACGUGCUCUGGAACCACAAGAAGGUGGCGAUGGCCGGCGACUUCAUCCUCGCCGUGGCGUCGAUGAUGAUAGCUCGCUUGCGCAGCGACGAGGUCACACUUGUGCUCAGCCAGGUGGUCACAGAUUUAGUCCAGGGCGAGUUCAUGCAGCUCGGCAGCAAAGAGACUGAGAACGAGCGGUUCGCUCACUACCUCACCAAAACGUACAGAAAGACUGCGUCACUCAUCGCUAACUCAGUCAAAGCGGUGGCGCUGUUGAGCGGCGCGGACGAGAGCACCAGCGAGCUGGCGUUCCAGUAUGGGCGCAACCUCGGCCUGUCGUUCCAGCUGGUGGACGACCUGCUGGACUUCGUGUCGUCCGCGCAGUGCAUGGGCAAGCCCACCGCGGCCGACCUGCGAUUGGGGCUGGCCACCGCGCCUGUACUUUUCGCUUGUGAAAAGUACCCGGAGCUGAACCCAAUGAUAAUGAGGCGAUUCCAAGAAGCGGGUGACGUGGAGAAAGCUUUCGAGUUAGUGCACAAGUCACGUGGGUUGGAGCAAACGCGUUUCCUGGCGCGCAAGCAUGGGUUAGAAGCGGCGAGACUGGCGCACGAGCUCGCUGACUCCCCUUAUCAGAAGGGGCUUGUGGUCACCACCGACCUCGUGCUGAACCGCAUCAAGUAGUGCUCCCCGCGGAGGUAAGGACUUUAGUACGCGAGUAUAGUGUGUGACGGAGUCUACGCCAUUAGUUGCGCACCAGUAUAAUACGCAAGUAUAAUAUGUGACAGAGUCUACGCCCUCAGUUCCGCAUCAGCUUAGUACGCGAGUAUAGUGUGACAGAGCCUAAGCCGUCAAUGGGUCCCAAUUUAUUACGUGAGUAUAAUGUGUGACGGAGUCUACGCCCUCAGUUUAGAAUAAUGUUGUGAAGGAUUAGAUAUCCUUAAUCUCGCUAUCACAAAUGUUUGUAAUAUCUCCACUAAGGACUCGUUAUCCGUUGAAAUAUAUUAUAAAAAUAAAAUGUUAUUUGACGUCAGAUCGAUGCUGGAUAUAAUGUGUAACAUCAACCAUUGGUCUCACGUCAACCUAUCAAAGUGAUAAGCUGAUGCGAAAUUGAGUUAAAAAUCGGUGCGUCCAUUUGUCUUAGUAUGAAAUAUGAUUUGAUAUUGUGUAUACUUUGAAAUCUUGAAGGACAUUAGUAAUGAAAGAAAUAUGAUUAUUAUUGAACACCUUUGUAGAUUAAGCGAAAUAUCUGGAAUAAUUUUAAUAUUAUCUUACCAGUAAAAACUUUUGUUUUCUACUUAUAAUAAUGCAUAAGUAAUCAUGUUUGCAAUAUAUACAACUGUUUCUGUAAAUUUUUGCGUGCGUUAUUCUUAAAAGUUUUGUACAGAAUCGGCUUUAGUGAUGUCAUAGCAAAUUAUAAAUUCCGUAAUGUACAAAAUAUACUUUAAUAGAAAAAAGGCAAUUUGUUAACAGAACGGAAGUUGCCGAAUAAUUAUUUACAGAAGUAUAAUUUGGAUUAUUCCUGAUACAGCCCAGUGAAAUGAAGUACUUAAUAGUAAGGUAUAAUGCUAAAAUGCUAAAUGUGACAAAAUAAAAGACCAACCACAAAUUAAAUUAGAGCAAAUUUGUACAUCAAAUGUACAAAUUGAAAUCUUAAUUGAUUCCGUUUGCAUUGGAUAGAGCACUUUUAUUAAUAUUAGGUAUAAAAUAUUUCGCGUAUUGUCGAUCCAACAAAGUAUAAUUUAUUAAAAACGAUUCGGGACAUGAAACAUCGAAAGCCAUCUCACAAUUUUAAAGAUUAUAAACUAAAUAACCGAGUCCUCGACUGUUCAGUACAGGGGAAGCGGGGAUAUCACUACAGAGGGAGAGACAGACAGAUUCUUUGUUUAUUCCUUGAUAGUGAACCCUUAGUUUCCACUCUGUCGCUUGAGGACUUUGUUAUGCCCAUCAUAUUUGAUUCCUUUGAAGCUCUUUAAUUCUUAACGAACAGCUUUGAGGUACUUUUGAGCUGUUAUAAUUUGUAUAUGACUUAUAGCAGCUUUCAAGUACUAUAGAAGUGUACAUGCUUAUCUGUUAAGCUUUAAAUUUUCGAACGACAAAGUACAUAAAUUUAAGUCUGUCUAUACAUGCCUUUUAAAAGGUAAUUUGAAUUUUAUUAUUGUUGUAAUCUUGUAGACAGAGACACUAUCUUGUGUACGUCUAUAGAAUAUUGUGUGUGUGUGUAUUUUGUGUCUGUGCGUAUAUGAAUAAGAGAGAUGAUGAUGAUGAUAUUGUGAGCAAAAGUAUGAAUGUAAAUAUUUUACGUCAAGUGAAACGUCGAAAAAUGUUUGUGCAAUUGUAUGCACGCUUGACGCUAAACCCAUCACAUGAAUUACGAGAAAUGUUUUUUUUUUAUUUAUUUAAUGUGUAAUAUUCUUUUACUUUUAAAUGUACUAUUUCUUCCUUCUUUUAUGUGACCUGAUUUAUUUUAAGUUUUCUUUGAAUUUUUAUGUUCAACGUAAACUAUAAUAUAAGAACAGUACGGAAAAGCCACUAUGGAUAGGUUAAGCGUGUAUGAGACCACUCGUUACCAAAUACCGCUGUACAUAUUUUGUACAACGACGUGCUCAAAUAUUAUAUAAAAUGCAGGUCUACUUGCGUAGUAGACGAAAUUUGUAUAUAGGAAUUAAGUUAGUUUUAUAUAUAUAUAACCUUCGUAUUUUUUUUUCUAUUUAAUAUUGUGCAAUUUUUUGACAGAUGUAACAGUACCUGUGUGAAUGCACAUUUAGUAUGUUAGAAAACCCUUUCCGAUCCGCAAUGAAGUCCUUGUACCGAUCUGUAUCUAACCUUAUGAAUUGGUUGAAAUGAAAACCUUGUCACAAUGAUCAAGAAAUCUAUUUUUACCCUCUGAAUAAUAUAAAAUUGAAUAAGAAUCGAGAAAACUUACAUGAUAACACAGGAGACCAGAUGGGCACUAUUUGAUUAUUAUGAGAAUAAUGUUUUAUUGGAAAAAAAUCCUGCAAAAUCAUAAUCAUCUGCUGUCUCUUUUGAGUGGCGCGGUAAUUCAAACGCAGCAUUGUCAAACUUUUAAUUUUGUUCCCUUACCUAAGAUUCCAGUGACAUUAUGACUAACUAAGUAAAAUAAUAUAAUCAAUAAUAUUCUCAUCAUGGUAACAAUGCCUUUAAAUACUUCUUUGAAAUCAGAAAGGGUUUUUAUAACAUACUUUAUAAUAAUUUCGUUGAUCCGUACCCAAAACUACUUAUAACAACACAAUUUUCACACAAUCGGUCACGUGUCGACAAAAAAAGUGUCGUACUUUUUUACUUUGUAAAUAGUCCGAGUCAUUGGUUAAGUAGCCCGUGUUUAAAUCUUCAAAACCAAUUACCUCAGUUUCUUUAGUAUACACGAGCGUAUGGGAGUGUAUAUGUGUGGUCUUGUCUAGAUAUAAAUUGUUAGUUUUGUACGAACAAGCACAUAUUGUUCAGACGAAAUCUGUAAAGGAGCAUCAAAAUUAAAGUAAAUUAAAUUAAACCAGUUAUAUAGUAAGCUAUUAAUUGUAAAUACGAAAUAUAUUAGUUAUUCUGGAUUACGAAGAAAAAUAUAUAUUUUGAUGAAGGUAUAAAAGUAAUGUUGAUUAAAAAUUAACUAAUGUUAGUGAAUGAGGUUUUUGUGUCAGCAAACAACUAUAAUAUAUAUUGGCAAUUCUUGGUAUAUAAUCCAUGUAGAAAAUCUAUUUAUAUAGAUACAUUCAUAAUUUUAAAUGAAUAUAAAAAUUUCAAAGUUUCAAACCCAAUUUUAAAUUUAGAAAUGGAUAAAAUAAUAAUAUUGCCAGUCAGCUUAUUAUUAAUAAUGUUUGCUAACAUAAAGGAUAUAGAGUGGUAGGAGGGAAUAGCAUAAACGAAAUAAACGAUAGUUUCUAAAUCUGUCACUUUGUCUAUGCCAUAUUGCCUAUGCUCUCUAAUAUCAAUGUCCAUUAUAUUGACUAAAAUACUCAAAUGUACUCAAAAAAAUUAUAGUUGUUUGCUGAUACUUACAAAUCCUUAAAAUGCCGACGCAAUGAUUAAAGAUCUAGUAGUAGUAUAAAUGUUAGUAAAAUAUUUCAAUACAACAAUAGAGGUAGUUCUCAGUAUUGAGUAUAUAAAACGUGUAAUCCAUACUUAUUUUGUAAAUGUUUAUAUGUAUUUUUAGUCAUUGCGUCCGCGAGCCGCAGAGGCUCUGAAGAUGUAUAUGUAUAUUAUACGUUUAAAGGGAGUCAAUGAUUUUUUUAUUUACAUAAAAUAUGUAAUAUGUAGUCAUAUUCAUAGCUUUUAUUGUUUGUAAAUAUUAUUUUAUUUCUUUGUAAAAUGCUAAAUCACGAAUAAUAUUAUAAAUAUUAGUUACAA